AUGGGCACUGGGGAGCUGCAGUCAACUGUACCUUCUUACCUUGCUUGCUAUAUGCUGAAAGGGUACUUGCAAGAUCAUCCCAGUAUUGCUAUUCCACCAGCUUCAGAACCGACAAGGACUUUUAGAAUUAUUGACAAGAGGAAUGCCAGUGCAAUUGCUGACCUUGUUGCCAUCUGCAAAAGAUUUCCAAGUAAGAGUGCGUGGCUUUGCGAUCACUUUGAUGCACCUGUAACACAUUUGAUGAAUGGAACUGGACGGUUGCAAAUGGCUUAUUUGAACAUAGAACAAGUUCUUACAAUUGCAGAUAUCAACUCAAAUGACUAA